GUGCAAUCCAUCUCCCUGUAAUACCUGCGACACCUGCGACACCUGCGACACCUACAGUUGUGAUGCCCGGGUUCCAAGCUACAACUGCCGGCAGCUGAAUCCUUCCAUUGUCGCUGCCGCUAUAACUAUUCAUACUUACCCUUCCUCAAGGAAGCUACUGUCGCUCCGAUCCAGCUUCCUACUUCCUAUCGAAACACCAAUCUUUCUCCAUCUAAACACGCUCCGAACUGCACCAAUGGCAUGCCAUGUUCAAGCAUCACGACAGUCGAGGAGCUGCCUCUCCUGCGAUUCGCGGAAGGUCAAUUCUGCCCCUACCGGAUGAAGCCAUCGCCCAAAUCAAGUCCUCAACUGCCAUCACUUCUCUCAACGGCGUCGUGCUUGAUUUGCUGAAGAACGCAUUCGAUGCGCGUGCCACCAGGAUCGAGGUUACCGUAGACUGGGCUAGAGGUAGCUGUACUGUCGAGGAUGAUGGUCUUGGAAUUGCCCCGCUCGAAUUUGCCGAUGGAGGCGGCUUGGGAAAACUCUACUAUACCUCUAAGUAUAGCUCCCAGGAAGUAUACCUGGGUCGCCACGGAACAUUUCUAGCUUCGCUCGCCGCACUAUCCCUCCUCGCCAUCACAUCACAUCAUCACGAGUACCGAUCGCACAACUCUGUAACGUUUCAUCACUCCAAAGUAAUCGAGAGACAAACACCAGUAGCCACAUAUAACGAAAUCGCAUCGAAGGGCCAUGGUACUCGCGUGACAGUGCGUAAUCUGUUCGGAAAUCUACCCGUGCGGGUCAAGCAGAGAGCAGUGGCCGUAGAGCAAAAGACGGAGCAUGAUCGUUUACGGGAGACCCUUAAGCAGGAUGUCACAGGUUUACUCCUCGCAUGGCAGGGCACUGUACGGCUGAGGGUACGAGAUGCGAAUAACACCGUUAUUCUGAACACCAAUGCACAACACCCAUCCAAGAGUCUCCUUCCGGAGAAAACAAGUGCAACACAACUCCAACACGUCUUGCACGUACUCACGCAAUUGGAUUUCAUCAGCACUGAUAACUGGUCAACUUGGGUGCCUGCAUCCGCUGCUACAUCUGAUAUCUCGAUCAAAGGUGCGGUUUCUCUGAUCCCGGCUCCUUCCAAGCGUGUCCAAUUCAUCUCCCUGGGUGUUAAUCACAUCUCCCCUUUGAGCAGCCAUAAUGAACUAUACGACACGGUCAAUAGGAUAUUUAAUCUCUCAAAUUUCGGAAUGUUGGACGAUGAAACGGACUUGGAUGAAUCUGAAAAGCUUCGGCGUAAGACCGACGGACGCUUCAAAAGCGAUGGGCCUACGCAACGACAACUUCGUGGAAAGAAGGGCGUGGAUCGCUAUCCUAUGUUCUGCCUAUGCAUCUCUUUCGGGCGCUCAAGUUCACCAGCACACCUUGGUGGUGAGUUGUUCAACGACACUGCCAAUUUACAGGCAGUCAUCGAGGUUCUCGAAAUCCUUUUGACGCAGUGGCUCUCAUCACAUCAUUUCCGACCUCAAAAGACACGCUCCAGAAGACAACGAAAGGAACCGUCGGAACCAGAUAGGGAAGGCCCAGUGGAUUUUUGCAAUGCCUCUCUUGGCAAAGCGUCACCCUCUAGCGACAAAUCACUCACUAUAUUUCCUCAAGAGUCACCUAGAGAGCCGCCUCCGAAGCGAAAACGGUUGACUUCUAUGCCCGCUAAAUCUCGACAGUCGAUGUUCAUGGAUUGGUCCCGCAUCAAGACUGGCAAACCGGAAUUCUUGGAAAGCAUGUCGAAGGCCAACAACCGAAAAAGUUCAACGCCCCCGCUCAGGUCAUUGCCAUUGGAAAUAAUUCCUCGUCUAAAUUCUACCAAACCUAGUGCAGAAGUCGCCGGCUUGACUCCUACUCCUUCGAAUGAUUCGUUGGAUGCCUGUUCAACGCCUCGCGCUCAAGUCGAUAGAAAUACUGAGGACGACACGAUCGUUUGGACGGACCCGUUGACCAAGCAAACUCACCUAUUAAACGCCCGUACCGGUUGCGCCGCUGUGCAGGCCACUUCAGCACCUCCCAAAGUGAGUGCGCGCCUAGCUAUAAGUUCGCACGAAGAUGGUCAAGAAAUACACACUCCCUUCCUUGAUGGAAUUCUGCAGACUUGGACAAAUCCUAUCUUCAAGCCUACAGAAAGCCCUAUUCCCAGAUUUCAGUCAAUUGAUGCCGAUGUGCAUGUUGCUCAAUCUGCACAUGCUCAGUGCGCUCAUUUUGACUUUGCGAAUACUUUCCGCUCGCAAGAUGGCUGGCGCACCGAUAGACUGUCGAAAACUGGCCUAUACCAAUGUCGAGUGUUGGGACAGGUUGACCGAAAGUUCAUUUUAGUGGAAAUGCCUGGGUUUUCCGCUUGCGAUGAGGGCCGAACUGAUACUCGCCUUCUCGUGCUAGUAGAUCAACAUGCAGCUGACGAACGCAUUCGUGUUGAAACGCUUCUUGCUGAGCUUUGUGCGCCACUUCAACAGCCAAUUAAUGGCACCGUGUACACCUCCAAGCUCGGAUAUUCUUCCAAAGUCGCCUCCAUGAUGUUGCAAAAGCCAUUACUGUUUUCUGUAUCCCCGACGGAGAGUGAUCUCUUUAUCAAGCAUGCUGCUCGGUUCGCCGCAUGGGGUGUUCUAUACGACGUAUCUGUGGGACACUCGAUUGUUAAAGGCAACCAGGCAUCCCUUGUGGUUACAGCACUACCACCUAGCAUUGCAGAGCGCUGUAGAUUGGAUCCCAAGGUACUUAUUUCGUUCCUCCGCACCUCUGUAUGGACAUAUGCAGAAGAUUUACAUCUUCCUACUUUGGCCGAUGUUGACCCUUCGACGCAAGAGGAUGAAGAUGAAGCGCAUACCCCUUUAUGGGUUCGCCGUUUGUCCCACUGCCCCCAAGCUUUGGUUGAUAUGAUCAACUCUCGCGCCUGUCGCUCUGCAAUCAUGUUCAACGAUGAGCUCCUUAAACAUGAUUGCGAGGAACUAGUGACAAAAUUAUCGAAAUGCACGUUUCCCUUCAUGUGUGCGCAUGGCCGCCCGAGUAUGGUACCGCUGGUAGACUUGAAUAACUUUGGUUAUGAUCAUCAGAUCGGACCAAGUUCUACCGGCACAACACAGUGCGGAAGCGUGCAGGGUCGAAGUGAUGAUUUCGUAUCUGCCUGGAAAAAGUGGAAGCAGAAAUAGAUCACACUGUAUGAUUCGAACAGUGUUUCCAGGUUUACCGUGUGAAUUGGAUACAAUCUUUAUGGAGGCAGAUACCCGUAUUGAAUAUUGAGAUUUUUAAAAUUAAAAUCGAAGACAAUUAUAAUUCAGAUUGGGAAAUGAAGAGAUGUGUGAACGCCAUGAGACCUGCGCAAGCUAUAUACUUGUUAAGAGCAGAGACAGGUCAAUUAAACGUUCGACUGUGCAUUUGAUCUUGGAACAUUCUGAGAGGGCCUAUAGCGAAGUUGGUGAAGUUCGUAUAAGCGUGACAAAUUGGUUCCGUGGAGGGAGAAGGAAUUCUAUGACUACUGGGGUGAAAUUUCUAUAUGAAUGAGCUGAUCGACCGCGUGUAUGCAGUAUGAACUGU